AUGGCUGUGGGAUCAGGUCCAUUGCAGGACCGCCUGGAGCGAUGGGCCCAACGGCUCAACAACCUGACCGUCUCUCCAUUGACUCGAGACUACCCGGACUCCCAGAAGGCCGACUCGAGAGCCAUCGAGGCAUUCGAAUCGAUUCAGCUGCCUAAGGAAACUCAAUUGGCGCUCAAGAAGCUCUCCGGCUCAUCCACGUCGGACUUUACGGUCUUCCUCACCGCAUUUGUGAUUCUCGUGGCACGUCUCACGGGCGACGAGGAUAUCUCCGUGGGAACAAGCCUAGGUGAUGAUGGCCGCCCAUUUGUGCUGCGGGUGCCCAUUGACGCAUCCGAGACCUUCCUCCAGCUCUAUGCCAAAGUAGACAAGGCGUUCAGCGAAGGCUCUUCCGACAUCGUCCCACUGGGCAGUCUGCGCUCGCACAUCCAAGACAAGUCCAAAUCGGAGCGCGCUCCUAUCCUCUUCCGUUUUGCCGCAUACGAUGCCCCCGCUGCCUCCCAGGAAUACCCAGCCAAUACCUUCGAGACCACGGAUCUAGUGGUCAAUGUUGCGCCGGGCUCGACCGCUGCCGGUGCAUACUACAACCAGCGUCUUUUCUCAAGCGCACGGAUUGCCACUAUCCUAAAGCAACUAGCUCAGAUUGCCGGCAAUGCUGCCGCAAAUCCCGAAGAAGCAAUUGGCCGGAUUGAUUUGAUGACCGAGGACCAGCGUGCGAUCUUGCCGGAUCCUACGUCAGACCUAAACUGGUCUAAAUUCCGUGGCGCCAUCCACGAUAUCUUCUCCGCGAAUGCAGAGAGCCACCCGGACAAGCUAUGCGUUGUUGAGACUAAGUCGGCCACGUCUCCUCACCGCGAGUUCACCUACAAGCAGAUCAACGAGGCGUCAAAUAUCUUAGGACACCACCUAGUGCAAUCUGGCAUCGAAAGAGGGGAGGUGGUGAUGGUCUAUGCUUACCGUGGUGUAGACCUCGUCGUGGCUGUCAUGGGUAUCUUGAAGGCCGGUGCGACGUUCUCCGUUAUCGACCCGGCGUACCCGCCAGAGCGGCAAAAUAUCUACCUGGAUGUGGCCCGUCCUCGUGCCCUAGUGAAUAUUGCCAAGGCUACAAGAGACGCCGGAGAACUGUCCGACAUUGUCCGCUCCUUUAUUAAUGGAAAUCUUCAGCUCCGGACCGAAGUUCCCGCUCUGGCUCUGCUGGAUGAUGGCACUCUCGAAGGCGGAUUGAUCAACGGCAAGGAUGUGUUCGCCAAUCAGGUUGAGCUGAAGUCCAAAUCUGUUGGUGUCGUCGUGGGCCCUGACUCAACCCCGACACUCUCAUUCACGUCUGGCUCGGAGGGUCGCCCGAAGGGCGUUCUUGGCCGCCACUAUUCGCUCGCAUAUUACUUUCCCUGGAUGUCGGAGACCUUUAACCUCACCCCCAACGACAAGUUCACGAUGCUAAGCGGUAUUGCCCAUGAUCCUAUCCAAAGAGACAUUUUUACCCCGUUGUUCCUAGGCGCACAGCUCCUAGUGCCUGCUCGGGAAGAUAUCCAGAAUGAAAAGCUGGCCGAAUGGAUGCAGAAAUACGAAGCCAGCGUCACCCAUCUGACCCCUGCUAUGGGCCAGAUCCUUGUGGGCGGUGCUUCUGCACAAUUCCCCACUCUUCACCACGCAUUCUUCGUUGGGGAUAUUCUGAUCAAGCGUGACUGUCGCUCCCUCCAGGGACUGGCCCCGAACGUCUCUAUCGUUAACAUGUAUGGGACUACGGAAACCCAGCGGGCUGUUAGCUAUUACCAAAUCCCUAGUUACGCCAGCCAAGAAGGAUUCCUCGAUACGUGCAAGGAUGUCAUUGCCGCAGGCCGGGGAAUGUUGGAUGUGCAAAUGCUCGUGGUUAACCGCUUCGACCCUACGCGUAUCUGUGCGAUUGGCGAGGUGGGUGAAAUUUACGUGCGUGCUGCUGGUCUCGCAGAGGGCUACCUGGGGUCCCCCGAGUUGAACCAGAAGAAGUUCUUGACAAAUUGGUUCGUUAAGCCUGAAGUUUGGAUCGAAAAGGACAAGGCUGCGUCCGCAAAGAAUGAGCCCUGGCGAGAGUUCUACGUUGGUCCCCGUGACCGCCUAUACCGCAGCGGUGAUCUGGGCCGAUACACCCCAACCGGAGACGUCGAGUGUUCUGGUCGCGCCGAUGACCAGGUGAAGAUUCGUGGUUUCCGAAUCGAGCUUGGAGAAAUUGACACGCACCUUUCGCGGCACCCUCUAGUCCGUGAGAAUGUCACCCUGGUGCGUCGAGACAAAUUCGAGGAGCCUACGCUAGUGAGCUACUUCGUGCCUGAUAUGAACAAGUGGGCCGAUUGGCUUCAGAGCAAGGGUCUCAAGGAUGAUGAUUCCGCCGAUGGCAUGGUUGGCUUGCUUCGACGUUUCCGGCCUCUUAGGGACGAUGCUCGUGAGCACCUUCGCAGCAAGCUUCCCGCUUAUGCGGUGCCUACGGUGAUUAUUCCCUUAAAGAGAAUGCCGCUGAAUCCCAAUGGCAAGAUCGACAAGCCAGCCCUCCCCUUCCCCGAUACGGAGGAACUUAGCGCGGCGGCACCGCGUCGCCGUUCGUCCGUCAUGCAGGCCCUGUCCGAGACUGAGGAGGCUCUUGCCCAGAUCUGGGCUAAGCUGAUUCCUAAUGUCACCGCUCGCAUGAUUGGUCCCACUGAUUCAUUCUUUGACCUCGGCGGCCACAGUAUUCUGGCCCAGCAGAUGUUCUUUGACCUACGGCGUAAGUGGCGCGGCAUCGAUAUCUCCAUGAAUGCUAUCUUCCGCAGCCCGACCCUCAAAGGCUUUGCUAGUGAAAUUGACCGACUGGUGGAUUUCGAGUCGUUCGCGACUAGCGACGAUCCCAAGGCCGCUCAAGUCUCUCAAGCCGCCAGUGAGCCCGACGAUGAAUACUCAAAGGAUGCCCGCCAGCUCGUAAAUGAGCUACCGCAAACCUUCCCCGAACGCACUGAUGCAAUGCUCUCUAGUGAGCCAACCAUCUUCCUCACCGGAGCAACCGGUUUCCUCGGCGCGCAUAUUCUCCGUGACCUGCUCACUCGCAAGGCCCCGUCCGCUAAGGUUGUGGCUUUGAUUCGCGCUAAGAGCAACGAGCAAGCUCUGGAUCGUCUUCGCGCUACCUGCGGUGCCUACGGCUUCUGGGAUGAAGCAUGGACCACUAGACUACAGUGCGUCUGCGGUAACCUUGGCGACGCCCGCUUUGGUCUCUCACAGGCCUCGUGGCACGACCUGGCUAGCCGUGUCGAUGCAGUUAUUCACAAUGGAGCCCUCGUCCAUUGGGUCUAUCCGUAUUCAACUCUCAAGCCGGCUAAUGUCAUGGGAACGAUCGAUGCGCUAAAGCUUUGUGCCACCGGCAAAGCUAAGCAGUUUGCCUUUGUCAGCUCGACUAGCGCCCUCGACAAGGAUCACUACGUCGAAGAAUCCGAGCGGAUCAUCGCUGCUGGCGGUAAUGGCAUCAGCGAAGAAGAUGACCUCGAAGGCAGCAGUGUCGGGCUUGGAACGGGUUACGGCCAGAGCAAGUGGGCGGGAGAAUAUCUUGUCCGCGAAGCUGGCCGCCGGGGUUUGAAGGGAACCAUCAUCCGCUCUGGAUAUGUACUGGGCGAUUCUACCACCGGAACUACGAAUACGGACGACUUCCUCAUCCGUAUGCUUAAGGGUUGCGUCCAACUUGCGUCCCGACCCAACAUCCACAAUACGGUGAAUAUGGUUCCCGUCGACCAUGUGGCCCGUAUCAUCAUCGCUUGUGCUUUCCACCCGCCCCGGGCUCCGAUCAGUGUGGCCCAUGUCACUGGACACCCGCGACUGCGCUUCAAUCAGUUCCUCGGCGCGCUGCAGCUGUACGGCUACGAUGUUCCGCAGGUGGAUUAUGUGCCUUGGUCGAUGGCCCUCGAGCAGUAUGUCAAUGAUGGUCAGCACAAUGACAAGGAUUCGCAGCAUGCUCUCAUGCCCCUCUACCACUUCGUCACCGCCGACCUCCCGUCCAACACCAAGGCACCGGAGUUGGAUGACACCAACGCCGCCGCUGCCCUCAAGGCCGAUGCCGUCUGGUCUGGCGUCGAUGUCUCAGCCGGUGCCGGUGUCACGGAAGAGUUGGUUGGUCUGUACGCCUCUUACCUGGUGGAGACUGGGUUCCUGCCUCCGCCCACAGUCCCCGGAGGGAGGCCCUUACCAGCAGCGCGUAUUAGCGAGGAGCAGAAGAAGACCUUGCUGAGUGUCGGUGGCCGGGGAGGUGCUGCGUGA